AUGACGUCCCCACCGUCGUCCGAAGACGUGCCAUACUGGCAGGUCAAUAUCCCCGUCGAUCAACGCACGGCUACAUGCCCCGACUUCUUGCUCAACAUCAAUGCCAAGGACAGGGGUAUCAUCAGCACGCGCCAGGAGGACUCUGCCCUCAUGUCGUGGCCCGAGGUGCGCGCCGUGAUCGCCGCCAACCAGCUGCAGAAGUUUCAACGCACACCGCUUGCCCUGCGCCGGUACCUAGAGUAUUGCUGGGGCCUUAAGGAGAAGUACGGCAGCGCUGUCCACUUUGUGCUGCGGGAGCGGCUGCACUGGACGACAGAGGAGCUCGCAGCGAGGGUGUCCGCUGAGGCAGCAACGGGCCACGGCAGCAUCCCCGACUUUUCGGACAGUAGCGAUGUGAAAAUUCUGUGCAACGACUGGCCGUAUGGCCUCGACGAGCGCAUCGUGCACUUGGUUGUGUGGACCAAGUUCCCACUGCCAGAAGACCCGACAACAGGCGACCUGACGGACGACGCGCGCGCUGCCAUAGAGGCGUAUGUCCAGCAAACGUUCCGUGCAGCUCUGCCAGCGGACAGCGUAAUUUGGUUCAAGAACUGGCGGUCGCUCAAAUCUGUGCUGCUGGUCGAGCACUUUCACGUCAUGCUGUUUGACCCGCCGGUCGAGUUUGUUGCGCGCAUCACCAACGGCGACGUGCCGCUAAGCAAACGGCUGGAGGGGGACGGACAGUAG